GUCAAGCUGACAUUUUUGUUGUCAACAAGUUUUAUUGUGAAAAUGGCGACCACAGGUAUUGGUUUUCGAUGGUUAGAUUUAUUGGAAAAAGAAUUCGACAAAGCAUGUGUGGAAUUGGAUACCUCUCUGGCGGAUGUGGACUCGGAAGAGCCAGAGGUGGUGUUCAACGCUCGGCAGAAGAUCGCCACUCUGGGCUCCUGCUUCGCCCAGCUCACUCACAAGGCACUCACUAUAUUUCAGAACAGUGUUAAAUUGGAGGCGGAGCUGGUCGACAUGAGAGCCGAGUUGGUGCAAGCGCGAGCGGUCAUCGCGUCGCACAAGGACAGCUCGCUGGAGUCGCCGGCGUCGCAGUCGGCGGUGGCGAGGGCCGAGGCUCAACAGCUGGCGCGCGAGAACGCCGCCCUGAGGGAGACCGUGCUCGCACUGCACUCCGAGCUGUUCGGAGCCAGACUGGCGACCAAGUACCUGGACAAGGAGCUGGCGGGGCGCAUCCAGCAGCUGCAGCUGUUGGGGCGGGACAUGCGCGCCGAGCUGCGGGACUCGCUGUGGGCGCAGGUGGAAGCCGAGAUCCUGCUACAGCGUCACAAGACGCUAGUGCGCGUGUGCCGCGGCGUGGCGCCCCGCGGCGCGCGCCCCCCCGCCCCGCGCUCCCCCGCCCCGCGCUCGCCCCGCGCCGCGCCCCCGCGCUCCGUGCGCGUGCGCCGCGACCAGCACCUGGGGCUCGGCAUCUCUGUCACUGGUGGCCGCGAGCACGGCGUCCCCAUCCUGAUCUCGGAGCUGGAGGCGGGCGGGCCGGCCGCGCUCACGGGCGAGCUGUUCGUCGGGGACGCCAUCCUCGCCAUCAACGAUGUGGACCUCACACAGGCGUGCCACAAGGAGGCGGUGCAGGCGCUGCAGAGCGUGAAGGGCGACUGCGCGCUGUGCGUGCAGUUCAUCGCCACCGACGACGACGACCGCCUGUCCGAGGAUAACUACAGGUUCCCGCUAUAUCCCGAGGACGGUGAGUUCGCGGAGGCGGACGGCUCGGGCGCCACGCCCACCGCGCCGCGCACGCCCGACUACACGCACAGACCGCGUUCAGAAGCCGGCUCGGGCAGCGAAUGCGAGUCGCCGGCGUACGCCGAGGCGCGGCCCGCCUACUCCGAGUUCCCGCCGGAGUUCCGCUGCAACACGCUGUCCAUCGUGGAUCUAGACGAGCAUUGUAUCAAGGUGGAGGAGGUGGAGGCGGCAGUGGAUAGCGCGCUCGACUCGCCCGUCGCACGGGAUAGAUUACCCGAGUACAAGCCGGCCGAGUACCGCUGCAUCAACAACUCGCUGUCCAUCGUGGACUUAGAUGAACAUUCCAUCAAAGUAGAGGCGCUGGCAGCGGCCAUCGAUAGCGGGCCCGACUCGCCCGUCGUGGUACGGGAUAGAGCGUGCGUCCGACGCAACGGCGCAUACCGCGGCGUGGCGGGCUCCUCCUCGGCCGACUCCCCCGCGUCCACGCCCGUGCAUGCCGCGCGCGGGCGCCGCCGCCGGCCGCGGGACUGGCGCUCCAAGGGCACCUACCGACCCGUGGACGAUGAUGCGCAGUCAUCCGACGAGACUCGUCCGUCUCGCGAGUCGUCCCCAGUGAACGGACACGGCAUCUCCACGGUGUUCGACAAGCCGGCGCCGCCCCCGCCCGCGCCCGUUGUCGCCCCCGCCGCACCAGUUGUCGCCCCCACCGCACCAGUAGCCGCCCCUACACCGCCGGUUGCCGCCCCCGCCGCGCCGCCCCCACGCCACGACGCUUCACCCCCGACCCGCGUCUCCGCUCCGCCGUCACAACAAAUCGCUUCGCCUCCAAUCAACCUGCCCAAACAAAACGGCCUAGACACAAAGACGCAUAAAAGCAAAGGCUUCCGGAUAGGCACGGCCAAGCGGGUGCUGGACGCGGCGCCCCGGCCGGCCCCGCUCAGCAACGGCGCGCGCGCGGUGCACAAGUACCCGCAAAUACUGGCCGGGGACGGCGACCCCGACUUCGGCACCCCUGUCUAAUGCAGCGGCCUACUAGUUACAGUUUCCUGACUGACAUGUUUGGAGAUUUGCUUCAGAUUUUUAUGAGUUCGCUAUAAUGUCAUGCUUUCGUUGACGCCCAGUUGAUAGGAAUUAAAUCGCUAAGGAUUUAUUAUUGAUUUCUAUAUUUUGAUGCAUGCAUGAAAUUAUUAUAUGUUGUAAAACGAAUGGAAUAAAAAUGUAGAUAGGUUAUGAAAGCUAGACUAUUGUAAAGCACAAACGGUCGAUGUAAAUUUAAACAAUGGUAGGUGUAUUUGAUGACUGAAUGCACAAAGAUGCAAAGUAUUAUCUAUUCUUGUGAUUAGAGAACGUCUUGUGACAGUUGUGACUUGUAAAUCUAAAAUUAUAUUAUUGGACUUCUGUAUUUUAAUGUUACUGUUAACAAUUUAAUGAUCUCAUUUUUUAAUUAAAUUGCAUACAUUUUAAUUGUGUUUUUGUUUAUACGCACAAAUUGGGAAUAUAUUUUUUAAUUUCAAUAAGCAUUCAUUCUUUAUUUUCCUAGCAUUUGUAAGUUAAAACAUAUCUUUUCGAAUAGACAUUUAGAUUGUUUUAUACAUAAAAUAUAUUUUUGUAUGCCAAGGUUUAUUUUCCUUAUUUCUAUUUUAUAUUUUAAAUCGGUAGGUAAAUAAUUGUAUGUCUAUGUUAUUUUUUUUUGCACUUUUGCGGCUGAUGUAGGCACGUCGAAUAUUAUAAAAUGGAGUAAAAUAUAUUGUACUUAUCAGUAUUUUUUGCAAUAAAAUUUUCAAACUAUGUAUUUUGAAAUUAUAAAAAUAGAUAUAUGACUUGUAUGUGUCUCGACAAUACAUAAUGUUACAUUCCUUGAAACUAACGGUCUCUAUAUAUACUAUUUAAUACAAUUGUACAAAUUCUUUAGGAAUCGUCGAGUAUCCACCUCCACUGCCUGUGUAUAAAAUCAUUAGUU